AUGACGCCUCAUUCGGAUUCGGAGACGGAGAUUGAGGGAGACACACCGUUGCGGGAUUUGGAGAAGGGGGAGAGGGCAAUUGGGAAUCCAAACGCCACUUCGAUACCAGAUCACGAUGGAGAAACAACAGAUGUUGAGACACCACCCCGACGACCAAGUACACAGUCAUUUAAAUCAAAUUCGCGGUCCAAUAUUCCCUCGGAUCUUCCCCCCUCCCAAGAGAAGCCCUCUGACUCGAAUGGGACACAAGAAGAUCGAAUAUUAGUUGAUUGGGAUGGGGACAACGAUCAAGGGAAUCCGAGGAAUUGGUCGACGUUAUAUAAGAGUUGGAUUACGUUUCUGCUGGGUAUGCUAGCAUUGAGUGCGAGUUUGGGAAGUAGUAUCAUUAGUCCGGCGGAGAAUACAAUUGCGGCGUAUGUUGGGGUUUCGAAGGAGGUUAGUGUGUUGAAUAUUAGUUUGUACAUAUUAGGUUUCGCAUUUGGACCACUUUGCUGGGCACCAAUAUCUGAGCUGUGGGGAAGAAGAUGGAGUAUGCUACCUGCCGUGUUUUGUCUGGGACUUUUCUCCAUUGGAACGGCUACGAGUACGAAUGCGGCAUCAAUUUUUAUAACGAGAUUUUUCGCGGGCUUGUUUGGUUCCGCUCCUGUGUCGAAUGUCUCUGCGGCGUUGGGAGAUAUAUGGAGCCCCAAAGCUCGAGGAACGGCAGUUACAUUCUACGCGGUUGCAGUCGUAGGCGGGCCGACACUAGGGCCUUUGAUCGGAAGCGCUUUGCUUGUGAAUCCACACUUGGGAUGGAGAUGGACGGAAUAUAUCGAGGCAAUUUGGGUAUUUACCGUUCUAAUAUUGAACUUCUUCUGCCUCCCGGAAGUCUAUACCCCCGUCCUCCUCAAAGAAAAAGCCGCUCGUCUCCGCAAAGAAACGGGCAAUAAUGCUUACUACCAUCCGCACGAAGCCAUCAAACUCGAUGCCAAGACAAUGAUCACGAAACAUUUCUCUCGGCCCCUACUGAUGCUCACCACUGAACCGAUGGUCACCUGUAUAGCCCUUUACGCCUCAUUCGUCUAUGCCCUCCUCUACCUCACCCUCGAAGUAUUCCCCAUCGUCUUCGCCGAAAACCGCGGCUGGUCUCCCGUCAUCUCCACACUCCCCUUUCUCGGCCUCUUCGUUGGCGUUAAUUUCGCCACCAUCGUUAAUCUAAGCAACCAACCCCGCUAUGCACGUCUCGUCGAUGCAGCAGGCGGCCUUCCCGUUCCCGAAGCUCGACUCGCUCCCAUGGCACUCGGAGGUAUAAUAUUCGCCAUCGGACUUUUCUGGUUUGGAUGGACGGCGGCCCCAAAUAUUCAUUGGAUUCUUCCAGUUAUCGCUUCGGUGUUUAUUGGCGCGGGGUUUAAUAUCAUUUUUCAGCAGUGUAUUAAUUUCUUGGUUGAUACUUAUGUGUUGUAUGCGGCGAGUGCGGUUAGUGCUAAUACAUUUUUGAGGAGUAUCUUGGCGGCGGGAUUUCCGCUUGUAGCGGGACCGAUGUUUAGGGGGAUGGGAGUGGGACCAGCGAUGAGUGUGCUGGGUGGAGUGGCUACUUUGGCGAUACCAGUGCCGUUUUUGUUCAUGAAGUAUGGGGUAGCGUUGAGGAGGAAGAGUAAGUUUGCUCCGUUCAAAGAUUAG